AUGACAGGAACCGGUCUAUCCAUCGGUCUGCCCGGACUCCCGUGGGAUUCGCAGCUCAGCGCAGUGUCACAGCUGACAACCGCCGGGGACUCCACCUGUACCCAGCAGCAGCAGGAGCAGGAGCAGCAGCGGCACACACCUGGGCAGACUCCGGCUGCGGGGACGCUGAUGCAACUGCUGGCGGAGAUCGCUCUUACCGCUGACGAUGCUGCGCGGGCCAAGGCGUCUCUGGAGGAACAACAGCAACAUCAACAUCAGCAGAAGCAGCAGCAAGAGUCAGACGACAGCCAUCACCUGCGCAGCCUCGCUCCUCCUCCUCCAACAUUAGCGGGGGACGGCACGAUGACGCAUCAGCACCCGCAGGACUCGGAGACGUCGGGCAGAGACCCCUGGCAGAGCCGCUCCGUCGCCAUGCACCCUCGCAAGAGAAAGAAACGGUUCCGCUGUGACCGCAUCCUCUUCCUGGCCGCCGUGACCACCUGCGCCUGUCUGCUGCUCUCUUCGCCGGACGGCACGCCGAGGAGGGACGACGAGCAGGCGCCGGACGCGGCCAUCGUCCGGACGCCGUCCGCAUCCUUCAGAACGAGGAGGGCUCUGCAAGAGGAGGGGGUCGCCAACAACGAGACGGACAGGGGCCGGCGGUGGAGGAUCAUGCCCGCGGGCAACGCGAGCGCGAACCUGAGCGGGCGAGCCGAGAGGCGAGCGGCGGACAACGCGUCGGGCGUCGCCCACGACUCGCAGGGGGACUACCCGCAGGACCUCUUCUCGCUGGAGGAGCGGCGCCACGGUGCCGUGGCGUUGCACAUCAUGGGCAUGAUGUACAUGUUCAUCUCGCUGGCCAUCGUGUGCGACGAGUUCUUCGUGCCGGCGCUCACGGUCAUCACGGAGAAGUUGCGCAUCUCCGAAGACGUGGCGGGGGCGACGUUCAUGGCCGCGGGUGGUUCAGCGCCCGAGCUCUUCACGUCGCUCAUCGGGGUCUUCAUCUCGCACAGCAACGUGGGCAUCGGCACCAUCGUGGGCUCGGCCGUCUUCAACAUCCUGUUCGUCAUCGGCAUGUGCGCCGUCUUCUCCAAGGAGAUCCUCCGCCUCACGUGGUGGCCACUCUUCCGGGACGUGAGUUUCUACAUCAUCGACCUCAUCAUGCUCAUCAUCUUCUUCCUGGACAACCAGAUCAUGUGGUGGGAGAGCGUCACGCUGCUGUGCUGCUACAUCAGCUACGUGGUCUUCAUGAAGUUCAACGCGAACGUGGAGGGCUGGGUGAAGAACAACAUCGUGCGCAGACGGGUCGUCAGGGUCACGGCGGCCGAGGAUGACAAGAUGAGCAACGGCACGAACAUGAGUGAUGAAGUGGACGAAACUAAGCUCAAGCCCAAGCCCCAGCUGCAGCGUGGUGGCAGUUCAGCCUCGCUGCACAACAGCACCAUGAGGAACGGGAUUUUCCAGCUCAUGAUCCACACUCUGGACCCCCUCAGCGAAGUUGAUGCAGAAGCGAAUCCAAAUGUCACCCUGACCGAAGAAGGGAGGUUCAGAGAAAAGGCAAGCAUCCUGCACAAGGCGGCCAAGAAGAAGUUACAGUCUGGACAGGACGAACUGAAAGGAGAAGGGAGGCGACCCGCGAAGCAGGAGCAGCCGAAUACCGUGAGCAUCGCCGUACCGGUGGGGCCACCCGGGCUGCAGAACGGCAACGCCCGCCACAACGAGGAGAUCCAGCGAGACGCCGACACGACGGGAGCCGUCAGGGAGGCGGCGGCGGCGCCGGCGGAGGAGGAGGACGACGACGAGGAGCAGCCCCUCAGCCUGGCGUGGCCCAACAGCUGCCGCAAGAGGAUCACCUUUCUCAUCAUCUUCCCAAUCAUAUUCCCACUGUGGCUCACGCUGCCAGACGUCAGAAACCCCUCAGCAAAGAAAUUUUUUGUGGUGACCUUCUUCGGAGCCAUCCUGUGGAUUGCAGCGUUCUCCUACCUCAUGGUGUGGUGGGCUCACCAGGUGGGAGAGACCAUUGGCAUCACGGAGGAGAUCAUGGGCCUCACCAUCCUGGCAGCAGGAACCUCCAUCCCUGACCUCAUCACCAGCGUGAUCGUCGCUCGCAAGGGACUGGGUGACAUGGCCGUCUCCAGCUCCGUGGGCAGCAACAUCUUCGACAUCACCAUUGGCCUGCCCUUUCCCUGGCUGCUCUUCGCCAUGCUCCACUCGUUCGAACCGGUGAAGGUGAGCAGCAACGGGCUCUUCUGCGCCAUCGUGCUGCUCUUCCUCAUGCUACUCUUCGUCAUCAUCUCCAUCGCUCUCUGCGGCUGGAAGAUGAACAAGGCACUGGGAGGCAUCAUGUUCUUGCUCUACUUGGUCUUCCUGGUGACGAGCGUGCUUCUGGAGGACCGCGUCAUCGUCUGCCCGAUCACCGUCUGAUCGCGUGGCCCCACUUAGCCCUGGCCGUGCUAGAGUCAAGUCAACGCGUCAUCCUCAAGCAAUGCAUUCCCUCGCUUCGUCGUUACGUUGCAUGUCGUCGUCAUCGUCGUCGUUGUUGCCGUCGUCCCAAGUCUCAUUGAAGCGCGAUUCCACCGCGGCGCACCACGGAGUGCUUUGCUGCGACACCCCGAGCCGCACGUUGACGUGCGUCUGGACCCUGUCACGUGGGAGCAGACGGGUGAACGGUGGGGAGAUUCUUCCCCAAUAGAGGCGGUUCCCGAGAAGGACUAAGGGAGAGAGAGAGAGCGCGUUUGACACUCGUCCUGCGGAUGAGCCGUCGUCAUCCCUCGGUCAGUGGUGAAGAGGAAGGGGGAACGGAGCGGUCGUGAUGGUCGACCAUGCGACCGUCAUCGACGCUGCACCUGACGUCCUUACAAUAACCGACACUUGAAGCACCGUUGGCUACGUAGCCAAAGGGGGGAAUUGCUUUGCACCAUCUUCAAUUGAGGCUUCAGAUUGGUUUGUGGAGAGGGAGGGGGGUAUAUACUGGAAUGUGUUUUUCUUUUCUCUCAACGUUAAACCUCAAACCGCUUGGUAGUCCUGUAGCAACGAAUGGAGCAAAAGAUAACUGAUACGGGACAUCUAACCGCAUUGCCGUGCAGUUUCGAACGUGUCAUCGUUAAUGGGGUCUAUCGGUUUGACGGGGGUUUUGACGAUUAGAAGCGUCCAAGGUGAGUCGGGGUCCUGGCUGUAAAGUGGCGCUGCGUCGUGCUCGCGUUCGUGUGUGAACAUUAAACGGGCUUGACGAACGACCCUUCACGUACAGAGACACGCUUUCUACGAAGUUAGAGGAAAGGAUGGCCCUCGGAAUGGAAUUUUCCAAGGGCUCUGCUAAAUUAUGGUCUCGCAGAUGCGGAUAUGCGUCAACGCUAUCCGCGUGUUAAGCUCCAACAAUGUGAUUUGAUCAGCUAUUAAUUGGAGACAAUGUUUGAUUGUGCACGAAGCCAUUACUCUUUCUUGUUUCUUUACCAACAUGUUUCGUGAUGUACUGCAAUUUCCGGAGACAUAUGCACUCUUAUGUAGGAAUCUUUGUUUUCAUGUAGCUGAUGAAAGCCCAAACAGUGGCCUGCAGAUCACAAAUGAUCAUCUGUGCAGGCCCCAUGUGAGCAUGCGUUAGCUUUAUUGAGAUGACACUUGAGACAGACGGGAAAUAGUAACACAUUUGAAAUUGACGCAUCGCCCAAAUUGUAGGGUCAACGCUAUCCUCAAGUCAGAGACGAAUAGAGCCAGGCACAGAGUCGAGGAACGGUCAGAAAAAGCAAUGCAAUAAAGUGUUGAAAAUUGUGCGUUUUUUUGUUUUGCUUAAACCACCAAUAUACAAGAGGGUUUGCCAGUCAAGAAAGCUUAAACGCGUAUGUUGAUCACGAAUCGGGAGGAACGCCUGACCACUUGUUUCUCCAGCGCUCACAUUCUCCGGAGACGACACACCAGGAGAAUGCCGACGCUUCGAUUACAUGGCAGUGAAAAGUCCCGGACACGCGCGGGCACGUUUAGUUGGCUCUGCUUAAAAUACACCUGCCUAUGUAGUGGUAACGUACGUAGAAUUCUCAUUGCUUCCGUUGAAGAAGUAUCAUUGCAGCGCAGAGGGGAUAUACUUCCCAAGUUAAGGCUUAGUGUUGCAUUUAGCGAUGUAGCAGGCCCAUGUGCAAAGCACCCACCCGGAACUGCCACGGUAAAGUCCUCGCUUAAUGCGGUAGAUGCGUUCCGGAAAAGUGAACGAAUACAUUGUAAGAUAGUAACUCGUUAUACACAAAAUGCUGGCACACAAAUGGACCACAACACCUUGCGAACUCCCGUCAUCCUCGCAGCGGCUUUUGGCUACCCAUUGAACAAAGACGGCCACUGCAUCGCGCGCUUUCAGAUGCACGUCUGCGGCCGUCUGGAACGCUCUUCCUUCUGAUAUUAGGAAGCCACCGGAGCUAUGCACUUUUAAAUCUAGAUUGAAAACUCAUUUCUUGAGAACUGCUUGUUUGUUUAGUUUGUUGUACUUCCCCCGCACCUCCGAUAAGCACGGCUGGCUACGUACGUUACAAAACAACUUCAACAUUCAAACAUUCAGCUAAUACAAUUUCCCCAUAAAUAACGUAACGGUAAAACUUGGCGAGAUACGAUGGACGCACGCGCAUUGAGAUGGCGGCACAAAGAACUGAGGCUACGCCACUACGCUACUAUCUCAUCGUGCACAAAGUCUCGUACCGCUCAGCCGCGCAGCUCGAGAAAGCCGUUCGUCGUCGACCGCUCAGAAACCGCGUUAUAACGGGGAGGAAGGGGGGGGAUGCGUUCCGCGCUGCGCGACAAGUGAUCCCUCGUGGAAGAACCGCGCUUUUAGCGAAAGCGCCUUUAGUGUAACACCACGCGUUAAGCGAGGACUGGGCGUGAAGAAAGCGUGCACGGGGACGGUGAGCCCUGGACACACACGGCCAGGGUUCAAUACGUGGAGGGGACGAUGGAAUUGCUCAAUCGUAAAGCAACACACCUGGAUUACAAAGAGCUGACAAGUGCUGUCCUAAGACCCUCAUUCGUUGAGAUGAAACAAAAAAAACAGCCCGCAAACGUGAUGGCACAUGUGCACACUCGAGUGAAGUUAUUUUAAGCAUAUUUCAACUUGGCCGCUGCCGACAUCUGAACUGCUUUGAGGCAACGGGUUUUAAAUGACAUUGACGAGAGAGACAUCGGUGUUGCUUUAUCUGCACGGAGGGUAGAAGCGUGUCAAAAUCAUUCCUGCCAGCCUUGGGCUGGGAUGGCACGCAAUGCGCAGCUCGCUAAUGCCGCAUUAGAGAGCUGCUGCUGCUGCUCCUGUUGCUGCUGCUGCUGUUGCUGC